AUGGAGCCACACUGCGAAGAAAUCGCCCGAGUCAGCUACACCAACUUCGGGCUCUCUCUGUUUAUCCUUGUGGGCAUCCUCAUAUCCUAUCUCCCGCAACAUAUUCGUAUCAUCCGUCUGCGCUCCUCCUUCGGGUUGUCCCCAUACUUCGUCCUGCUAGGCACCACCAGCGGUACUUGCGCAUUUGCCAAUAUCCUCGUCCUCCCGAGAUCGCGGGCGGAUAUCGCUUGUUGUCGCGAGGUGGAUGAGUUUGCCUGUCUGGCAGGAUUGCUGGGUAUCGCGCAGGUGGGUGUGCAAUGGUGCUGCUUUGGGGUGAUCCUACUUUUGUUCCUCAUAUUCUUUCCUCGCCGCGAACUCCCCUCUGCACCUCUUGACGACGACGUUGUUAAUGGUUUCGAUUCCGAUCCUCCUGAAUACUCAGCCACAGCAGACAUCCCUCACAUCAAAGAAGCGGCCCCCCUCGCCCCAUCCUACCGCACCGCUCUCAUCGUCGUCGCAAUCUGUGUUUUGCAUGCCGCAGUCACGGCAAUCCUAUCGUUCUAUUUCAUAUAUGCCGCCCCUCACCUCGCACAGUCAUGGGCGAAUUUCCUGGGCAUAUUAUCCACCGUCCUCGCGAGCAUCCAGUAUUUUCCACAAAUAUAUACAACAUUCACUCUGAAGAGAGUGGGGAGCCUGAGCAUACCGAUGAUGUGCAUUCAGACACCUGGCAGCUUUGUCUGGGCAGGUAGUCUCGCGGCAAGGUUGGGACCUGAAGGCUGGUCGGCGUGGGGUGUUUACUUGGUAACGGGUUGUUUGCAGGGCACUUUAUUGGUGAUGGGAAGUUACUUCGAGAUCGUGCGGAGGAGAAAGGAGAAGGAUGAGUUGAGGAGGCGAAUGCACUAUAAUCCGAGUGUGGAGCGCGAAGAGACAACAGCACAGGAGGCCUCAGAAGAGACGCCAUUGCUUAGAUCAGAUUGA